CAUUGCGUAAUCACUUCGGGAAGGUGCUAAAGUAAACACGAUUCCUGGCAUUCCAUGGAUUGGAAGGCGAAGACCAAGAAGAAGAGAGAAGCGGAAGGGACACUGGUCGUCCUUGCCGCGUCUACUCCGGAGUCAGUGAGUCAACGGGGUCAGAGCCGAACUGCAAUCCGCUUGGUCAGCACGUCUGUCUGUCUGUCUGUCUGUCUGUCUCCUCUCUCAGUACCUUAUGGUCUCGUCCGGCAUGUUUGGGCUGUCUGCUCCCAGCGAGCUCAAGGCUCCUAACAGUUAAUUGCGGCACUCGCUCACCAUGAAAUGAAUGGUAGAAUUCAGAGCUCGGAUAUUAUCCGCUAUUAGCUAUUCAAGUAUAUCUACUAAGGCGACGGAACCCACUCAACUAGUUUUUCUAAAACCAAUGAUCAAAACUCGAAU